CAGCGAACUGUUUCUGAAAUCUGAUUUUACCUAAAUCUCCGUGUUCUCUCCUCCCUCCCUUUUUCUUUUUUUCUCACUUCAUCUUUUCUUUUCCUCUUUUUUACCAUGGCAGGAUAAACUAUAUAAAAAGCUCAACACUCCUUCAACUCAACCCUCCUCCUCUUCUUCCUUUUAAGCUCACAUACUCAGUCUUUGUCUCUCAAUUGAUUGGCAAGAUCGAGAUCCUGAUUCUUCACUAAUCUUGGCUUCAAGAAAUAGUGAAGACCUCUUCAAUUCCAGUUCAAAGCAAAAAAGAAGAAGACUUGUUCAACUUACUGUACGGUCCACAAUCAGCUCACAGCCGUGAAGUAACCAAAGGAUAUUAUGGGGUCUAAAUCGAACCCGCCUGGGAAUAGAACUCGGAGCUCAUUAUCGAUUUUUAUUGUGAUUGGUCUCUGUUGUUUCUUCUACAUACUCGGGGCUUGGCAGAGGAGUGGUUUUGGAAAGGGGGAUAGCAUAGCGCUGGACAUCACCAAGCAAACAGAUUGCGGUAUCUUAUCAAACUUGAAUUUUGAAACCCAUCACAAUGACGUAGAUACUGAGCCAAUUAAACCUUCAGAACCAAAAAUUAAAGUCUAUAAACCAUGUGGUGUUGAGUUCAAGGAUUAUACACCUUGCCAGGAACAAGAACGUGCUAUGAAGUUCCCAAGAGAAGAUAUGAUAUACAGAGAAAGACAUUGCCCCCGAGAUGACGAAAAAUUGAAAUGUCUUAUUCCAGCACCUAAAGGGUACACAACCCCGUUUGCUUGGCCAAAGAGUCGUGACUAUGCUCACUAUGCGAAUGUUCCGUACAAGCAUCUUGCAGUUGAGAAGGCUGUCCAGCACUGGGUCGAGUAUAAGGGCGAUGUGUUCAAAUUUCCAGGUGGAGGUACAAUGUUUCCUCAAGGAGCCGAUGCAUAUAUUGACGAACUUGCAUCAGUUAUUCCAAUUGCAGAUGGCACAGUCAGAACUGCUCUGGACACUGGUUGUGGAGUUGCGAGUUGGGGUGCUUACAUUUUGAAGAGAAAUGUGUUGGCAAUGUCAUUUGCACCAAGAGAUAAUCAUGAAGCACAGGUACAAUUUGCAUUGGAACGAGGAGUGCCUGCUGUUAUUGGUGUGCUUGGAUCUAAAAAUCUUCCAUACCCAUCAAGAGCUUUCGACAUGGCUCAGUGCUCUCGAUGUUUAAUUCCAUGGACAUUGAAUGAUGGAAAAUAUCUAAUGGAAGUCGAUCGUGUUCUCAGACCUGGUGGGUUCUGGAUCCUGUCCGGUCCUCCCAUAAAUUGGAGAACUUACUACCAAACCUGGAAGAGGUCAAAGGAAGAACUUGCAGAAGAACAAAGAAACCUUGAAGAGUUGGCUGAAAGUCUAUGCUGGGAGAAGAAGUAUGAAAAAGGUGAUAUUGCCAUCUGGAGGAAGAAAACGAACUCUGCUGCUUGUAGCAAGAGGUCUGCUGAUUUCUGUGAUGCUACUGAUUUUGAUGACGUCUGGUACAAGAGUAUGAAGACUUGCGUAACUCCAUACCCGGAGGUUUCAAGUCCAAAUGAAGUAGCUGGGGGAAAAUUGAAGAAGUUUCCUGCUAGGCUUUUGGCAGUUCCUCCCAGAAUAUCUCAAGGAUCUGUUCCAGGGGUCACAGAGGAAUCUUAUCAAGAGGACAACAGACUUUGGAAAAAGCAUGUUAAUACCUACAAAAGGAUUAAUAAGUUAAUUGGCUCCGAAAGAUACCGAAACAUUAUGGAUAUGAAUGCUGGCCUCGGAGGUUUUGCAGCAGCACUUGAAUCACCAAAGUCAUGGGUGAUGAAUGUUGUGCCCACCAUUGCUGAGGAGAACACUCUAGGCGUUGUUUAUGAGAGAGGUUUAAUCGGGAUAUAUCAUGACUGGUGCGAAGCUUUCUCAACUUACCCACGAACAUACGACCUUAUUCAUGCUAAUGGUGUGUUCAGCUUGUACCUGAAUAGGUGCAAAGCCGAAGACAUUCUCUUAGAGAUGGACCGAAUUUUGCGUCCUGAAGGGGUAGUAAUUAUCCGGGAUGAAGUCGAAGUUCUAAACAAGGUGAGGAGAAUAGUCAGGGGCAUGAGAUGGAACACUAAAAUGGUAGAUCAUGAGGAUGGACCACUUGUCCCCGAAAAGAUUCUUGUUGCCGUGAAACAGUAUUGGGUUGCUAGCAGUAACAGCACAUCCAGUGACGAAUAGAUCACCUAAAGCUAUUUGUGACCUAAAUGGAUUGAUGCAGACUUCAUUUGUCAAGAAAUGGGAAUCAACUUGCUUCAAGGACCAGGUAAUUGUGCUCCUUAGCCAUUUGUUGUAAGUUAGUAUUUAUUUUUGAUAUUCUUAUUGUAGCUUUAGUCAUAUCAGGAUUCUGUACGAAUUUUGUAAUCCAAAUUCUAAUAUUAAUAUAUAAGCACAGCGUAUAAAGAUGUGCAAGUGAAUCUGCAUAGGAUGUUUUGCACACUAAAGAUGUGCAAGUAAAUUCUAAUAUUAAUAUUUUAUGUAAUACGGGAUGCCUGAUGGGGGAAAAUUAGAAGUCUGUA